AUGUCACAGUCACUGACGACCCGAGUGUCCCCAUGCUGCUGGAGAACGCUGUUCCACGAGCUCCGACCACAAAAGCAAAUUCGCAGACCCUACCACCUGCAACUGCAAACAGGUCCCGUCACAAAAGUUGAUCUUCCUCCCGAUCUCCCCAAAGCCUACUGGUCACAAUUACCGGCAAGGUUACGACCAGAUCAUCAUAAACGAGAAAUCCUAGUGCGCAAACCACCUGUAUCAGAAGCGAAGACAUGCAAAAACCCUGUUGCCCUGAUCGAGCAACAGCAACUCGCCUUGCUCGACCCAACCGGUGCACGGGCACGCCUGUUCGACAAGACGAACCUCGACCGCGCGAAAGUCGGCGACAUUCUCUACACAACCUUUAAAUCGGGCGAGCCGUUCGCCGGCGUGAUCCUGUCGAUCAAGGGCUCCGGCCCUGGAGCGUCAGUGCUCCUGCGCAACCACCUGACCAAGAUCGCGGUGGAGAUGAGCAUCAAGAUCUACAGUCCGCUCGUGCAGAGCAUGGAGAUUGCGCAGCGGGCGCCCAAGAGGAAGAGGAGGGCGAGAAUCUACUACAUGCGCAAACCGGAGCAUGAUCUUGGAAGUGUGCAGAAGGUUGUUGAUCAGUACCUGAGGCAGCGUGCCCAGUUGACUGGAGCUGGGCGGGCAUCGGGCCAGCAGCGGGCAGGCCUAAGACCCGCGAAAAAGGGGAAGAAAUAA